AUCCCCAAAAGAGAGAGAGAGAAUUUUUGUUUUCCCCUCAAAAAAAACUCCAUUGGAGGUCCUCUUGUUGCUCUGAAGCUCUUGAGUCUUGAGGUGUUCUCUCUGCAGUCUGCUGUGGCCUCGAUGCCAUUCUCUUCCCAGUAGCACUCAGUACUGGGACGAUGCCUACCUCUGCUUCCUCCACCACUCCCAAGCCCUCCUCCGACCUCGUCGUUCGAUUGACCGCCGCCGACGCCGCCGUCAAGCUCAAGGCAUUGAGAGACAUCAAGAACCAGAUCAUCGGAAACCGCACCAAGAAGCUCUCCUUCAUCAAGCUCGGCCUUGUCCCUCACGUUGCUGCUGUUCUCUCCUCCACUUCCGACCCCAACAUUCUCGUCCAGUCCGCUGCUGUUCUUGGCAGCUUCGCUUGCGGCGUCGACGCCGGUGUCUCCGCCCUUCUCGAUGCCGGAGCCUUCCCUCACCUCCUCCAAUUGCUCUCCAAUCCCGAUCCUAAGGUUGUGGAUGCAGGAGCUCGUUCACUAAGAAUGGUUUAUCAAUCAAAGUUGGCUCCUAAAUAUGAUUUCCUACAGCAGGAAAACACCAAAUUUCUUCUUUCAUUAUUGAAUAGUCAAAAUGAAAAUGUGACUGGACUUGGGGCAAGUAUCAUUGUUCACUCCUGUGAGACAAUUGCAGAGCAGAAGGCACUAUAUCAUGGUGGAGUUCUAGAAAAGCUUAUUGGCCUUCUUGAUGGUUCUCUAAGUCAAAGGGAUGCUAGUUUAGAGUCUAUUGCCACAAUAUUUAAGAACAAUGUUGAAGCCAUAGCAAAGUUCAUGCAACCUGGUAGAGAAGACUGUUUGAGUUAUAUAAUUGAAUUGAUGAAGGAUAGAAAUCCUAAGACCAGAUUGCUAGCCUGCGUAUGCUUGAUUGUUAUAAGGAAUUCAUCACCUUGUUAUCUGCAAGAUAUAGGAAUCAAAAUGAAAUUGAUCCAUAGUUUGCUUGAGCUUCUUGACAAUCCAGGUCAUGUUGGAGAUGAAGCUUCCUUCGUCUUUUCAACUUUAAUUGCAGAGAAGGAGGAGCUACAGAGACUAGCUUUUGAGGCAAAUGCCAUCGAUAAGUUUUACAAUCACUUGCAAAAGGAUCAGUUAAGUCCUAGACGUUUUGAAGGAAUAUUGCUGGCUUUUGCUCAUCUAUGCUCAAACGUGGAGAGCUGUAGGUCAAGGUUUCUCUCAUUGCAGGUAAUGAACAUAGUGAUGGAUGCCCUAAAACAUGACUGUAGUGACAUACGCACUGCAGCUUGCACUUGCUUGAGAAGCGUCUCUCGAUCAAUCAAGAAUCUAAGUGCAGGAUACUUUCUGAACGAAGCAGUUGUCCUUCCCUUAGUUCGGCUUUUACACGAUUCUUCUAAUGAUGUUCAGGUUGCAGCACUUGGUGCUAUAAGCAACAUAGUUGUCGACUUUUCUACAAAGAGAACAAUUUUUAUAGAGUGUGGAGGUGUGAAAGAGCUGGUCCGAUUAUCAAAGUCUAUGGAUUUGGCUACACGGCCUAAUGCAUUGUGGGCUCUGAGGAACUUAAUGUUCCUCGCGAACAACAUGUGUAAAGAAGUGAUCUUCAUGGAGUUAACAGCUUCCUUGUUAGCCAGCCUUGUCUGUGAUUCUGAGCCUUCCGUACAGGAGAAUGCUAUGGCCCUUGUGCGCAAUCUUAUUGAUGGAUGUGUGGACUCAAUUGAGUAUGUGUUCGCUGAAGAUGGUAUUAUAUUGAAUGCUAUUGGCCGGCAAUUGCAAAGUAUUUCAAGAGAUGAAAUUGGAGUGCAGGGAAUGUAUGUACUUUGCAAUGUUGCAAGUGGAAAUGAGUUUCAUAAGGAAGGGGUAAUGAAACAACUAUUUCCCUUAGGAGAUGACGCGAUCCAGUCAUUUGUAGUGAAGUUUCUGCAGAGUGGCAACAGUCAGCUUCGGAUUGCUGCUGUCUGGACCAUUAUAAAUCUUACUUUGCCUUCAAGUCCAUGUGCACUAGAUCGGGUUACAAAGCUUCGAAAAGCUGGUAUUGUUUCUCAGAUAAAGAAUAUGGUCAAUGAUGCGUGCCUGGAUGUAAAGCUCCGCGUGAGAACAGUGCUUGGGCAGCUAAUAGCUUUUGGUGACGGUAUUACAUUAUAAAUUUUCCCAUCCUUGAAACCACCCAAGAGAAGAAGAGGCUGCUUGCAAUUUUGUUUUUUAUCAACCUUUUCUGUAGGAUAUUGUUGAGCUUUUUCAUUGGCGGUUUUGAUCAAUUUGGAACAUAGAAGCCUUUUCUGGGUUUCCAGUAAAUCCCACGGGCUGCUCUUGACCUUACAGGUUACUCAUAAAAAUCUUAAUUUUUGGAUGCAUACCAGUCUCUGUUGGUGGGAGUUUUGCAUCUCUCUCUCUCUCUCAAAAAUUUCUUUUUCUUCUGUUUGUUAUCAAAUGAUCAUGUGGUUAGUUUGGCUUGAAAGUGUAAUAUAAGACUCGUAAAUAUUGCCUAUAAAAAAUUCAUUAUUCAUCAGGUGAUAUAAAUUGCUGUUCUGUUUGGAGGGUUCGGUAUAUAGGCAACAAAUUGUCACUUUCAUGCUCCGAGAAAUAUAUUCUAAAGUUUUGUGAAGGAAAAACACUGAAAACCACGUGAAUGAUUGUUUGGCUAAGUUGUACCUUUUCAGGGACAGCUUAUAUUAUGCAAGCUUCCACAGGUAAUUCAAUUUAUGCCAGACGUUUCCUCUCCUUCAAACCAGAGGCAAAAUAAGUAGUUGGUGUAAUGACAUGGUCCAAAUCUACCACUCUACUUAGUUAUCUCUUCCUCUUCAUUGUCUUGUUUCCGAUUUAACUAAUUUAGAUUUGGUUAUAGUUGAUUAAUAUAAUAUAAGUUGUAGCAGGGCCAUUUGUAUAAACAAAUUGAGUGAAUAAUCUGAAUAGUCCUUUGAGCUGAGAUUUAUAGCUGUUAUUUUAGAACAGGUGUAUAAAUGGACAAAGCUUUGGAGUGUCUAUUGUGGUGCAGUCCAUAUUUAUCAGCAGAACCAUCAUUUUUCUGUGAUGCAGGAGGAAAAGGGAUGCUCCUGUAUAUGUUGAUGGUCCAGAUCUUACUUAUUUUCCAGUUUUUUGUUACUUAGGAUAGAAAUGAAACGUUGAUGAUGUAGCAGAAUUUAAGAUGUUUAAACUAGAUUAUGGUGUUGAUCGGUGGAACAUAAGCUCUUUUCAUCAGAGAUAAUGAAGAACAGUCCCUUUCCAUGGUUGGAACCUCUGAAUGGUUUGUUUGAAGCGUCGGAUAGUUGAAAUAAUACACUGGACUCUAUUUUGCAGUCUAAUGUCAUAUUUGAAACAUAUUUGUGAGUGUAUACAGCUUUGAUUUUGGGUGCAA